UAGCAUUACCCCACAACAUUCAAGAAAAAACGAAGUAUUUGAAGUACCAAUCCGUCCAGUCCAAGUUCAAUUUUUUAUACCUUAAGCGAUUGCACUCCAACAGACAUCCUGAUGGCCUCAACUCUCUCGUAUUUUGUUGACCCUUCGAAAUUCCGCUCUUGGUUUUUCGCUGUAUAUGAUUUCUGAGGAAAAAAGGAAAGAUAGGUUGCAGAAGACAAGGAGAAGGAGGAGGUGGAGGUGGAAGAAGAUAAUACAAACAGCUACAUAAAUGUCACAGCAUGUAACAGAUUCCUGGGGCUUACUAUUGAUCUGUUUCGCAAUCAUUUUCUCUGCAGGUAAAAUAGUUGCCGGAGAUUCUUUGGACACAGACAGAGAAGUUUUGCUCCAGCUCAAAUCGUAUCUCAACAAUCAAACUCUAGUAGACCAAGGACGUUACACUAACUGGAACACGAGCAGUUCGAAUCCUUGUGAAUGGUCGGGAAUCUCGUGCAGCGGCAAUGGAACAACGAGGAGGGUGGUCGGAGUCGACCUCUCCGGCAACAAAAUCACUGGCCAGAUAUUCCAGAACUUCUCUCAGCUCACUCAACUCACGCACCUUGACCUCUCCCGGAACACACUCUCCGGCAAGAUUCCGGCGGACUUGAGGCGGUGCCACAAGCUCGUGUAUCUUAAUCUCUCGUACAAUAUUCUUCCCGAAGAGUUGAAUUUGAUUGGCUUGACGAACUUACAAACUCUGGACCUAUCAGGCAACAGGCUUCACGGGGAUCUUGGGUCUCAUUUCCCUGCCAUUUGUGACAAUCUGAUCAGUUUGAAUAUCUCAGGGAAUAGCUUCACUGGUAGGGUUGAUGAGUGCUUCGAUCAGUGCCUGAAAUUGCAGUAUUUGGAUUUGAGCACUAAUAAGCUGAGUGGGGGCAUAUGGAUGGGAAUUGCGAAGCUGAGAAUGUUUUCUGUUUCAGAGAAUGUUCUCAGUGGGACAAUCCCUCCAUCAGCUUUUCCAGUGAAGUGCAAUCUUGAAGUACUUGACAUUUCAGAAAAUAUGUUCACAGGGAAUGUCCCGCAGGAGCUCGCUAACUGCAAGAAUUUAACGAUCCUGAAUCUUUCCAGCAACAAAUUCAACGGAUCAAUACCUAAACAAGUUGGUUCCAUUUCUGGGAUUGAAGCAUUGUACUUGGGGAACAACAAUUUCUCAAGAGACAUCCCAGAAGAACUUUUGAACCUGACCAAUUUAGCAUUCUUGGAUUUAACUAGAAAUCAAUUUGGUGGGAACAUACAAGAGAUAUUUGGGAAAUUCAAGCAGGUGAAGUAUCUUCUGUUACACUCAAAUAAUUACACUGGAGGAUUAUCUUCAUCAGGAACUCUCAAGUUGCCAAAUAUUUUACGCUUGGACCUAAGCUGCAACAACUUCUCAGGUCCAUUACCCACAGAAAUCUCUCAAAUGUCAAGCUUGAAGUUAUUAAUGUUAGCCUACAAUCAAUUCACAGGACCUAUUCCACUUGAAUUUGGAAACUUGCCUCGCCUUCAAGCUCUUGACCUAUCUUUCAACAACUUAUCUGGGCCAAUCCCACCAACUCUUGGAAAGUUAACCUCUCUUUUAUGGCUCAUGCUUGCGAAUAAUUCAUUAACAGGUGAAAUCCCAAGAGAGCUGGGAAACUGUUCGAGCUUAUUAUGGAUAAACCUUGCGAAUAAUAAGCUCACGGGAAAAUUCCCACCUGAAUUGGCCAAUAUAGGAAGAAACGCCAUGGCCACAUUUGAAUCAAAUAGGCAAUAUGAGACGGUCAGUGCUGGCUCUGGUGAGUGCUUAGCCAUGAAAAGAUGGAUACCUGCAGAUUACCCUCCAUUUAGUUUUGUGUAUGACAUCCUUACGAGGAAGAAUUGCAGAAGCAUUUGGGACAGAUUGCUCAAAGGGUAUGGGAUUUUCCCCAUUUGCAAUGCAGGGACAUUUUCACCAUUAUCUCAAAUCUCUGGCUAUGUCCAGCUAAGUGGGAACCAACUCUCAGGUGAAGUUCCUCCAGAAAUUGGGACGAUGCAGAACCUGAGCAUGUUGCAUUUGGGGCUUAACAGAUUUUCUGGGAAACUUCCUGCAGAGGUGAAAAGUUUGCGGCUUGUGGUAUUGAACAUAACAAGAAACGAGUUUUCUGGGGAAAUCCCUUGGGAAAUUGGGACCAUGAAGUGUUUACAGAAUCUCGAUCUCUCCUACAAUAAUUUUUCUGGGGUUUUCCCCUCAAGUCUCAACAACUUGUCAGAGCUCAGCAAGUUCAACAUUUCUUAUAAUCCCUUGAUAUCAGGUGAGAUUCCAUCUGCAGGACAACUAGCUACAUUCGAGAAAUACUCGUACUUGGGGAAUCCCCUCUUGCAUCUUCCAAGCUUCAUUGACAACACCACCAAUGAUCAGAAAAACACGACCUCCCACAACAGAGCCCUCAAAAAAUCCAUAAAUCUCUCUGUUAUCUUGGUGUUCUUUGCUCUCACUCUGGCUUUCUUAAUAUUUGGUCUCCUUACUGUCAUCGUUUGUCUACUGAUAAAAACCCCAUCAGAAGAACCACUCCUGACAGUCUCAAAACUCGACCAUGAGUCUGGAACCUCAUCCCCAUGGUUGUCGGAUAUAGUUAAGGUUAUUCGAUUGGAUAGGACAGCUUUUACACACGCCGACAUCUUGAAAGCCACAGGGAAUUUCUCAGACAAUAGAAUCAUAGGCAAAGGAGGCUUCGGAACAGUGUACAGAGGAAUAUUUUCAGAUGGGAGAGAAGUGGCAGUGAAAAAACUCCAAAGAGAAGGACUUGAAGGCGAAAAAGAAUUCAGAGCAGAAAUGGAGGUUCUUAGUGGCCAUCGCUUCGGUUGGCCCCACCCAAACCUCGUCACACUCUACGGUUGGUGCCUUGACGGCUCAGAAAAAAUACUGGUUUAUGAAUACAUUUCAGGUGGAAGCUUGGAAGAUCUCGUGACUGACAGAACGAAAUUCACAUGGAAAAGACGGCUAGAAGUAGCCAUUGACGUUGCUCAAGCUUUGGUUUACUUACACCAUGAGUGCUACCCUUCAAUCGUUCACAGAGAUGUGAAGGCCAGCAAUGUGUUAUUGGACAACAAAACAGGGAAGGCCAAAGUCACGGACUUUGGACUAGCCAGAGUGGUUGAUGUCGGAGGUAGCCACGUCAGCACAAUGGUAGCUGGGACAGUGGGGUACGUGGCACCGGAAUACGGCCACACAUGGAAGGCGACGACGAAGGGUGACGUCUACAGUUAUGGAGUGUUGGCUAUGGAGUUGGCGACGGGAAGAAGAGCAUUAGACGGAGGGGAGGAAUGUUUGGUGGAAUGGGGAAGGAGGGUGAUAGGUCAGGGAAGAAAUAGGCCAAUCGGCCGGCCGGUGAUUCCAGUGGUACUGAUGGGUUCUGGUUUGCUUGAAGGGAUGGAGGAGAUGAUGAAGCUAUUGAAGAUAGGGGUGAGGUGCACGGUGGAGACACCGCAGGCUAGGCCUACGAUGAAGGAGGUUCUGGAUAUGUUGAUUAAGGUGUAUAAUCCCAAGAGCGAUUCAAGCUAUGAACAUCUGAGUCAUUGGUGAGGUGAAGCAUUUUGUGCCUGAUAAGGAAGGAAAAUAAAAAGUAUAUAGGAUGUUGAGAAGAAAACAAUAAACAAACAGGCAAUUGUCCAUAUUGUUGUAAAGUAGUUUAUACUUUACAUAGGAAAAUCAUGUCCCGUGCACAUAUGAUUGUUUUCUGUGUAUACAGAAAUCUUCAUGUAUCAUUCAUUAUGCUGAAGAAGCUUCUCAGUUUUGUUUUCUUUUUUCAUGGAUGAAUCGGUCGUUGCGGUGGUUAUUUUUGUUUAUCUUUCUUAACAGAAAUAGUUGACAAGUUCUCCACAUUAGGGUGGUUAUGAGUUCUUAUUUGUUCACAGGAUGAACUUUCCAUGAUUCAUUAUAUUGAUGAAGUUGUUCAGUCUUAUUAA